CAUGGAUCUUCACAGGGAUAUUUUAACCAAAGAUGAAACAAGCAAUGUUUUCCAGAUUGAAAAUUGAAAUAGUGUGGGACGUCGAGGUUGCCUCCACAAGAUUAUGUUGGCGCGGCCGGUUAUUUUUCAGUUUUCGUGUAGGUCUGGGCUUCGCAUUGGCAGUUUUCAUACUGGGUUAAAUUUGGUUUCUGAAACACCUGCCACACCAAAGCCUAUUCAACCUACUGUUGAUCGAAUUGUGAAAGUAGAGUCAGUGGCGAAGAAAUAUGAACAAGAUAUCAUUAAUUCCGUUGCAAGGUGGGAUAAGUGUAAUGAAAUCUAUUAUGGAAAGGAACGUGAUAUGAAAAACUUCCCGACUAUCAAGGUGUCUGAAUCUCAUCCAAAAGUUAGAAUGGGUGUUCUUCCUGAAUCUUGGUUUCACCCAUUUUACAGCAAGACUGGAGUCACGGGACCAUAUAUGUUUAUAUUCAGUUCGUUUAUGUUUUUAAUCAACAAGGAAAUAUGGGUGUGUGAUGGACACUUCAUAGAGUUUAUAGCGUUUUGGUUUGUGGCUGUUGCGGUUAUCAAAGUAGUUGGUCCUUUUGCUAGGAAAUAUGUUGAUGAAGUAACAGAGAAAGACAAACAAGUUAUGUAUUAUGGACCAAUUAAUCAAGUGAAGUGUUAUUUAGACGACACAAUCAAAACGUCACAAGCGGAAAUUGACAGGGUAACAGCUGUUGCUGAACAUGUGAAGGCAAAGGAGGAAAACAUAGCCUUGCAACUUGAAGCAGCUUAUCGCGAACGCCUUCACAAUAUACACCGAACAGUUCAUCGUCGCUUGGAUUAUCAUGUGGAACGUGAAAAUACGCGAAAACGUUACAUUCAACAUCAUAUGGUAAAUUGGGUUGUCGAUAAUGUGGUCAAGGGAAUCACUCCUGCUCAAGAAAAGGAAACUCUUACACACUGCAUCAGCGAAUUGAAACGACUAGCUCAAAUUUCUAAGGUUACAGCCACUGCAUAAUCACUUCCUAAACACUAGUGGAUGUCUGUAGGUGGUGAAAUAGCUUAUUUCAAAUCAAUACUUAUGUUAGUGUUUAAAAACGUCCUUCUUUUUUGUCUUUUAUUCCUCUCAUCAAAUUAAAUUGUGAAUUAGAUUUCAUGAUAAUCUGUUGUCUUCAACUGUAGACGAAUGCUAAUAAACGUAUGAAUAAAGUAGAGAAUGAUCUCUUCCGAA